AUGACGGUUUCCUGUAGGUUACCUCUGUGGGUAACCUUGAGGGGAGAGGAGAGGGGACAGCCGCGGCAGCAGCAGCAGCUGCUGCAGCAGCAGCAGCAGCAACAGCAACAGCAACAGCAUGGCCAGCAAUGGCAGGAGGGGCAGGUUAGUGGGGGAGAGGAGAGAGGACAGCACAUCCAGCAACAGGAGGUUCAGCAGGGGCAGGAGAGGCCGGCGAGUGGGGUAGAGGAGAGGGGACAGCAGGGGCAGCAGCGGGAUGGCCAGCAAGGUCAGGUCAGGCUCCGGGUCCAGGGGGCGACCCAGCCCUUGGGUGCGGGCUGGUUCGGGGAGAGAGGGAGAGAGGAGGUGGCGAGGGACACGACUGCGGGAGCGCAGGGGUUAGGAGGGGAGGGUAUGGAGGGGGGGGACAGGGCGAGGGUGCUGGGGGGUUUGGGGUUGGGGAGAGGGGAUGGGAGGAGGCAGGUGGGUGGGGGAGAGGAUAGAGAGGCAGAGACGACAAGGGAGGAGGCACAGAGGGACCAGGCACAGUAG